GGGAGCGCAGGGCAUUCUGGGACGGAUUGGAUUGAUUUUUGAAGGUUUAGACGGCGGGAAACUCGUCCGUGUCCAGAGUGAGCGGGAAAAGAGGACAUCUAGGUUCCUGGAACGCGUCACAGGGAGGAGGAGAUGGAGCAAGCGAAAACUGUACGUCAAGACGGCGAAACUAAAAGAGGUGUUUUAGCUCACUUGGAAGGACUAGAGGCUCAAAUGAAGAGAUUUUGUAAGAGCUCUGAAGAGCUACAGAGAGCUCAAGCUAAGGAAAGUACUCCUGGAAACAAGAUUCGUGAACUGAGGCACCUGCGAGACAAGCUCAGGGCUGAAGUGAAGAAGCGGCAAGCCAGAGGUGAUGGAUCCAGAGCAUCGUCUGCCAAUGUAGAGUCUGACCCAACAGUGGAGAUGGGAGAGCAAGAAGUUUUGGAAAAGAAACAGGAAAGCAUAAAAGCGAUUCUGCAGGCAUAUCGUUUUACAGGGCUCAGUGGAAAACUGACCAGUCGCGGGGUGUGUGUCUGCAUCAGCACUGCUUUUGAGGGGAACCUACUGGAUUCCUACUUUGUGGACCUUGUCAUACAGAAACCACUCCGGAUCCAUCACCAUUCCAUUCCAGUCUUCAUUCCUCUAGAAAAGAUAGCUGCAAAAUACCUACAGACUGAUAUUCAGCACUUCCUGUUCAGUCUGUGUGAGUCCCUAAACGCUUACUCUGGGAGGAAGUACCAGGCAGAUCAACUUCAGAACGACUUCGCAGCCUUUUUAACUGGACCCUUGCAAAGAAACUCCCUGUGCAACUUGCUGUCAUUUACUUACAAAGUGGAUCUGAUGGGUCAGUACUCCUUUUGUGCCAGAUUGCUGUAUGAGGACCUCACUGCAACUCUUCCAACUGACAUCACUGUUACGUAUCAAGGGACAGAAGCACUGUCUGCUUCGUGGGAAGAGCAGCGAGCAUCCCAUGAAGCUUUAUUCCGCACCAAGCCCCUGCAUCGGGUGUUUGCUUCAUUUGCAAGAGAAGAAGAGCUGGAUUUGAGCCUGGCCUCCUAAAGUGCUGUUUCCGUUGGGGCCAGCCUUAGAACUGCAGGCUGCUGAGAAGCUUGUGAUCUGUCUAGGCACAUCCCUGUCAUGGCAACCCCUGCAGCUUCGUCAGGAUGACAAGGAGUAAGCUUGAAUCCACAGACACUGAAAUUUUGGGACGGUUUUCCAUGACUGCCUGGUCACUUGUUAUAAAGCCGAAGAUCAUGUAUUCUUCUGAGGUACUUAUUUGAGCAUAUAUCUUAGCUGAAAAUCAGAAUGGUGUGUAGGCCAGUAGACAUUUUUUGAAAGACUAAAGAGAAAUUUUAGUGUUUAUGGGAGCUUCAAAUAAUUCUGCCUCAUUUUCCUAAGACUUUUGUAAGGGAAGUUCUUAGAACAGUCUAGAUUCAUGAUAUGUAGGUCAUGUACUUAAAUGUAUUUAAUCUUUGGUAUGGAGCAAUGUGUAUUCUAGGCCCCUUUUUUUUAUAAGGAAUAUGGUGUGAUAAAAUACCACUGGAUAAAAUAAAAGCUAAGCGUAUGAAGUCACUUUGAGAAAUCACGAUUAGAAAUCUGCCCAUAAAUUCAGUCAUUGUGGAAGAGGUGAGCAGGCCGUCCCCGAUCCUGGUUCCUUCUGCACAGUCCAGCCAUGACUCUGAACUCUUCAUCCCUGCCUCCUUGGCCCAUUAGUGUACUCUCUGGAGCCUGCAGUGUGCUGGCACCUUCUCCUUGGCUUAGGGCCACCUGACAACAAUUGUUCUCCCCACAAUUCUGUCCCUUUGCUCACUCUCCCACGCCCAGCGCUGGACUCACGGCCACUUCUAGACCACACGCUGAUGAGGCUCUGGCACAUGCGGGAGGCCCGGUAAACUCUGGGGAUAGUAAAUCGGCACGGCUGCCUUUUAGAAGCAGCAGCUUAGGAAUAAAGUGAUGUCUCACUUCAAGCUCUUGCCUUCUAGGCAUGUGAUGGCCACCAGUGGUUUGAAUCUGCAAAGCACUCAACAAGACACAUUAACAGAAUUGCCACAGCGAUUCCAUUUACGUUGAGUAAAGCUUUUAAUAAAACAGUCUUGUUCUUUGUCAA